UUAUAAUUCUUCACAGUCAAUUUAUUGCUGUAUAAAUUGUAAUAUGUAAAUAAUCUGUGCCAGUCACGAUGAAGGUGUUUAUAUUUUUCUUAGUUGUGUACGCGGCUGCUUGCUUUGCUGAAAUUCAGAACACCAGUGCUGAAAAUGCGUCAACAAGUGCAGAAACAAAAAGAACGAGACGGGUGAUAUCCCGUAUUUUUACCCGCCCUCACCCCGCACCGCGUACACAAACAUCCAAAUUAUUAGACCUCAUUAGAAUACCGACUGAAGACGGGGUUAAAAGUUUACAAUAUAGUACUGAAGAACACGGCAAUUAUGGUUCAAGCGAAAAAGCAUAUUUUAUACCUUAUAAAGCAUCACACUCACAGAAUACACAGGAAAAUGGAUUAAGCGCAGAAGCACACAUUCAAUCUCAUAAAACACCUUAUAUACAAGUUACACAUGGUACAGAAACGAGUGGUAAUAGCGAUGAAAUAGCAUAUGUUGCACCAUACAAAGGCAUUCAUAUUAGUGGCAGUGGCGAGUCACAAAAUGUUCCAAAUGAUGAUGAGUAUGCAGCAAAACAUGAAACCGACCUUAGUGGAGAAGCCUUGCUCAAAAUACUGCAAGAAUACAAUAUGCCUCAUUUGGAUGGAGCCAGUAAAAAACUCCGUAAAGGAAAACUAAUAUUAUAUUAUGACGACGAUGAUAAGCGGAAUAGUCCUAAAGAAGUAAUUAUCAAUAAUGUUCCAAAAGAAACAGAAUCCAUUUACAACAUAAAUACCAUUUAUAAGGAUGUCCUUGAGUUAUUCACGAAGUAUGGUGUGACGCCAGGUAUUUAUUAUAAAAUUCUUCAAAAUGCUAUGGUUAAAGGGAAUUUUGAAACAGGCAAUAAUGAAAAUAUUAUCCAACUUUUAAAAGCUUUAAAUAAAUAUGCGAAUAAUAGUGCACAUGAUGAUAUUCUUCACGACAUUAAGGCUAUCGUAGCAAGAAAUAACAAAUCAAAAGGUCAUCAAGAACAACAAAAAGAGUAUAUUGAUGUAAAUCGCCAUCAAAUAGUUGAGAAUGACGUUGAUGUUGAAGAUAUAAUUAAUAGAGUUCUAAAUCACAAGACGCAAGUCGAUAUUGAAAACAGUGAAACGGAUAUAGAAGGAUCGAUUGAGAUGCCAAAAUACAUAUAUAAUGAAAUUUUGCAAACAAUUCAGAGAGAUGAUCCAAAAAAGCUAGAAACAGUGAAAAUGAAUAAUAUGGACGAACUGGAUCGCUGGAUAGAUCUACUCAAUGAUUCUGCUUUUAACAUUAAAGGAAAACCAUUGACUGAACAAGAAGAUAACGACGUUAAGAGUAUAGGAGUAGAAAAACGUCAGGGUCACAUUAUACCUAUUACGAUUAAACCUUAUGGAAAAUACACAAAAGUAGCUGAACACAAAAUUUUAGAAGAAGUGACAGAUGAAAUGAACCAUCAUAAUUAUGAAAAUUCACUUGAACCACAAAUAGGAGAUUUGGCUAGUGCCGAAGUACCAAUAUCAUUAGGUACACACGCACAUAGAAUUUUUAUGAACACUCAAAGUAAUGAAGGCAAACCCAAGCUUCAUCUAUCAAUGAAUAACAAUAUACAUAGAACUCCUUCGACGAAACAUCGACCAACAAACAGAAAUAAUUCAAGACAUGGUUUAUAUGAAACAGACGUAAUAACACUUAAAAAAUUGAUCAAUUACGUAAUAGAUGACAUAUCUCACAUAGAUAAAUUACCACCUAUUUUAUCUAAUAAACCUAUUGAUGAAUAUAUCAAAUACAAUAAAGCUAAACCAUUCUUAAUUUACGUGAUAUUCCAAAACCACAACGAAGACUUUGAUAAUGAGAAACCAAAUAUUGAUGAUAGCGAUGACAUUUUAAAUAAUCUAAACCUUUCACAAGAGGACGAUGAUGAGGAUACUUCAGAUGAAUAUAGAAGAUCGCACCUUAGUCUUAUUAUUGAAGAAACUUUAAGUCAAAUUAACGGAGAUUUCCAAAAUAAGCAUUUAGAUAAAACGAAGCUAAACAAAUUGAAGUUGAUUAUAGCCCAAAUAUUGAGUAUGACGUACAAACCAGUGACUAGGCAAUUGAUUACUCAAAUCGUCCGUGACCUUUUGAGCGGCAAAUAUAAUAGUUUCCUUGACACAAUUUUCGACAAAAUAGAGCCAAAUAAUAAUGAUAAUAUAGAUGAGGAAAUUAUAACAAGCGACGCUUUCCGACUUUCCAUAAAAACAGCAACAGAUAAACUUAUAAAGAAUGUGUAUGAGACCCUAAUCGCGCUUCGAAGGAGAAACGUGUCGCAAAUACGAAUAAGAACGAUAAUAAAGGAAUUGAUUGAACAAGGAAUGUUGAAAAUAACAGCUCAAAGUUUGAAAAUUUGUUCAACAAAAGUGCAAAGCCAAAUUGAUCUGGGCAUUAAAACGGCAUUACAGAAGUAUAAAGUGUCCCUGCAGUAAUACUUGCGCUUAAGAUAUUUUGCAUUAAAUUUUUUCUAUUUCAAAA